AGGAGCUUUCCUGGCAUACCGCGCCACUCAAAAUAGCCCCUUUCCGAUGUAACGUUCGUAUCCCACGCAGUCCCCAGACUCACUCUCUCUCUCUCUCUCUCUCUCUCUCUCUCUCGCCAUAUACACAUACAUACAUCCAUAUGCACAUAUAUCGUCAGUCACACAGAACAUACAUUUCUCCAUAUCUGUAGAUCUUUUGCAAAAUGCACUAGCUCUCUCUCUCUCCGAAUCUCGAAUGAGUGAAGCAAUCUAAUAGUUUCUCUCUACUCUCGCUCUUAGUCCUUCCUCGUCAAUGGCAGUCAACUCCUGCGAUGAGGGCCAAGAUGCCUAUAGCAUUUCAGUGUUAUCCGAUGCAGGCACCACUAAUCUGCAAUGUGAAUCACAGUUAGCUUUCUUAUGCGACUCAGAAGUUCUCAACCAAUCCAAUACGCAAAUGUGCUUGGAUGCUAAAUUGAAUUGCCAAAACUACAUCAGUCUGGAGAUGGAAAAUGCAGAGGCAUAUUCCCCUUGCAUUGUGGAUGUGGAUAUUGAAAACGGAAAUUCAGGGACACCUAAAACCAAUGACGACUCUAAGGAAAAGUUGAAGAUUGAGGGUCCAUUAAUUCAUUUGCAGAGGGCACUGCGGAGACAGAUUAGCUUACAGCUUGGGAAGAAAUUCAUGCAUCUUUUAGUGAAUGACAGCCUUGAGUUACCCAAAUUCUCUUCUAGAGAUCAAUCAAUGACUGAUAAGGUCCAUGAAAGUCCCAAGAACCGGACAAGGAAAUAUAAGCGUUCUGUUUCAAUGAAUGCAAGAAAAGUUGUUCUCCUCUUCUCUGCCUUGUCCAGUGUGGGAACAAUAAUCCUCAUAUACUUAACACUCAGAGUGAGACAGAUUGGUGACGGCUCCAUUCACAACUGAUGAGUUCUACAUUUCCAUCCCCUCCGGUGUUUGAUCUUCCUUUUGUGACCGAGUCUUUCUCUGAGACUGCUGUUAGAGUUUUCAUUUCCAUUUCUGUUUUUUGUUUCAAUUUUAAGCCUCCCUUUCGAGUUGUCCUUUUUUCUUCCCUGUACAUAGAUGAAUUUGAAUUUAUUGUUCUUCUAAUCGCUAUCCAGUAUUUUACAA